CUGAGUCCCAGGACAGUGGAGCAAGGAUCUGAGAGUGAAAUGCAAGAUCCCAUCAUUUUGUACCAUUGCAUGUGUAGAACCUUAUGCCUAAAGGUUCUGUGUUGUGGAAAUAUUACAUACUAACUCUAUUCCUUGAUUAGAGAUUCCCAGCAUACAGUAAUGUAGUAAUGUAGGCUUUGAGAAGUCCUAUAGUAAAACAAACAAACAAAAAAACCAACUUAACUUUGUUUAACCCGGGAUUCUCUUUGUGUAACAUCUAUUAACAUUACAACAAAACACCUUAGGAAAUACUUAUUUAAAGAUUCCUUACCUAAAUCAGGAUUCAUUCAUUCAUUCAAUAUGUAAAUCCUUACUGAGUGCUUACUAUGUGUGAGGCACUGUUGUAGGUACUGAGGAUACAGUAGGGAAAAAAGACUGACCAAGCCUCCCACUUUGCAGAGCUCACCUUCUAAUGUGGGGAGAAAAAUAAAUAAAUAUAACAUGAGAUGAUAAACGUGCUUAAAUGCUAUGAAGACCAGUGAUGCAGAAAAGCAGGAGUAGGAACAGAGAGUGAGCAGUGUGUGUGUACGUGUAUGUGUCAGUGUCCAGGAGGGCUCUGUUUCAGAUGGGGUUCUCAGGGAAGUCCUUUCAGCUUUGACUAGGUGAUGUUUGAGCAGGGACCCUAAUGAUGUGAGGAAUAUUGGCUUUGAGCUAGAACCAAACUUUCUCUCAGGGGUGGAUAUCUGCGGACCCAGCCAAACAGGAAUUACAGAAUCAGGGGAGAUUGGGCUGACAUGAUUGAUAAAGAACCCUGACUCCUGGUCAUUUCUGUUAAAUGUAUUAUUAAGUCUUUAUAGAGGUCCAAAAUAAUCUUGAUUUCUAAUCCUGUUUUUCUUUCGUUCAGUCCAAAUUACUGACUAUACCCCAUGCGCUAGGUACUAUGUAGACACGGAGUUGGGGGUGGACACUUUAUUCCUUUCCUUGGGGAAUUUAGAGUCUGGUACGCAAGACAGAUAUGUAAGCGAGUACCUGCAACACAGAAACAUAUGCCAAAAGAGAAAUGCAGACGUAACACAGAGAGAGGGAGAAGUAAGACUUUCUGGGAAGGAAGCGUGGCGAAGACCCUUGGGGAAAGGCUUCACAAAUACUGGAGAGGGAUUUUGAAAGAUGAUUAGAAAUUUAUCUUAAGGAAAAUGAAGCUGUUGAAGAAAAGGAUGUUUACAGUGUGUGCAAGGUUCCAAACACCUGAAAUCGCAUGGAGGAUUCUGUUUGGAUUAUUUUCAGAAUGUGACAGAGACAGAGAAAAUGGAGUUGCUGUUAAUGGUGAUAUUCUGAUAGAGAGAAGAAAUGUGAAACAUAUUCUAGCUAGAAGCAAAGCAUUACAAUGGACGAAGUCCUAUGUUUUACCAGAGUUUCCCUAUGAUGUCAAAUGCAUGUUAGCAGAGCAGAAGUGCCCGGAUCACAGCAUGAGGAUAAGGAUCAUUGAGUUUCUCCAGGCCGACAUGACUAAGUAUCUGGAAGGCUCACUGUACCCCAGCACUCAGCAGUACAAUGACGUAGUUAAUGCCCUGCUGCAGGCCCACCCUUUCCUGGAUGAGGACGGCUGUGGCUUUUUUUUAUGGAAACGAGCCCUCAAAGAUCGCUUUAAAUAUGUUCGAAGACCCAUAGAAGAUGAUGAGCAAGUGAUUAGAAAUAAGUGUAAAUUUGGACACCGAAGAGGCCAGAAAAGGAAAUCUCUUGCUGAUAUAAGAUUUGAUGAAAUUAAACUUGUCCAGAUAAAAGAAGAAGCUGUUUGUUUCGAUUCUGAGCUGGAUGAACAUAUUAAGUGGUUCCAGCAAGAAUAUGUGAAAACAGAAAAGGACUGGAGAGAAAUUGACAAGAGAAUGAGCCAAACUUUGGAAAUAAGAAGAAAGAUGAUUGGCAGCCGAACACCUCUGAAGGACAUUCUUAAACUGUUUCCUUUCUUGAAGUGCCCUUAUCAGAUAUUCAGAGAAUUCCAACUUCUUACAAGAACAGAUAUUUAUAAGAAAACAAGGCACAUUUUGGAAUCCUAUUCAGAAAAUAUACUGACUUCUUUUUCAGUGGUGGACAAUCCAAUCAAUAUUCUAUUGCAAGAAAAAAUGAAACAUUACACAGAUGAAGACAUGUUGAAAUACAUGAAGCUGACAGCCACAUGUUUACUCCUCCCAGAUGUUUUUGGGGAUGAUCCCAGUCUUUUUGUCAUCAUGAAUGAACAGGUGCAAGUAUCCACACCUGUGUUGGAAGUUAAAAACCCUUUCAACAUGGAGGUCUGCGAAUUUUCUUUAUAUUUAGAAAGGGAGAGGCUCACAAAGGUGGACGACUGUGUUACGGCCUUGGCUGCGCUAGUAGCUGCCUUUCACGUAUUUGGGAUUGAGUGUCCAAGAAGACUGUCCCAAACCUUCAACUUCCUAGAAACGUUGAUUUUUGAUAUGCACAGUCCCUAUUUUCCUUCUUUGAAAGAAAAGGAAAAGGAAGUAGGAUUUCAACUCCCAGUCACUUAAUAGCAUGCCAAACAUUGUACUGGAAUUUACCUCUGGGAAAGUUCAAGCUUCAUAAAAAAUUGUUUUGAUUUAGGGUUGUGGUAGAGGUAGGUAUGAGAAAAAUAAUCUUGUAUCAUAGAUGCUAAUGAAUUUCAAUGCUUUCUAUCUUUACACUUAGAUAUUAAGUUCUUUGUGAAAUUCUGUAAUAAAAUUCUACUUCAUUAAA